AAUAAAAUACGAUAAGAAACUCACAUACCCUAAACUAGGGUUUCUCUGUUAUAUGCGGUAAGAGAGCAGAAAGAAAAAGCCGCCGCCGCCGCUGCCUCUUCUAUCAUCGCAACCAUGAUCAUCCCAGAAAAGAACCGCCGCGAGAUCUCCAAGUACCUCUUCCAAGAGGGCGUUUGCUAUGCAAAGAAAGAUUAUAACUUGGCAAAGCACCCAGAAAUUGAUGUUCCAAAUCUUCAAGUAAUAAAGCUGAUGCAAAGCUUCAAGUCAAAGGAAUACGUUCGUGAAACUUUUGCUUGGAUGCAUUAUUACUGGUACCUUACCAAUGAUGGCAUUGAGUUCCUAAGGACUUACCUUAAUCUUCCUUCUGAGAUUGUUCCCGCUACUUUGAAGAAACAAACUAAGCCUGCCGGUCGUCCCAUGGGCCCUCCUGGUGACCGCCCACGUGGUCCACCGCGCUUUGGUGACAGUGAGAGAAGAUUUGGUGACAGAGAUGGCUACCGUGGAGGUCCACGAGGAGGAGGUGAUUUUGGUGACAAGGGAGGAGCUCCUGCUGAUUAUCAGCCUUCAUUCAGGGGCCCUGGUACAAGGCCUGCCUUUGGUCGUGGAGGUGGUGGUUAUGGUGGUGCUGGAGCCGCAGGCAGUGCAGGUCUUCCUUGAGAGGGAUGAUUUGUAAAAAUAGUUUUGUCGGUUUAGGUUUAUUGGCAUUUGGAGUUCAUAGAAGUACCUGUCAUAUGCUUCAAUCUUUGAUAACUUUAGUUGUUUGAUGCUUAUAUAAUAUUGCUUCUCUUUGGUUCAUUUAAUGGGAAUUUAGAAACAAUUUUUUCUUUGGCC